AGGCAGGUUUUGAUGUGUGUGCGCGUGUGCAAAGUUCUGUAUUGUAAGAAUUUGCUACGGCCUGUAUUAGCUUUACAACGAAACAGGUAGAAACCGAAAAGUUAAAUUACUCCCAAUUCAGUUUAGGUUCUGUCUCCGGAAAAUUUUCCUGGAUUCCCCAGCCCCCACUCCCCGCCCCAUCCCACCACCCCCAUUGCCCUCUCUGAGUCUCCAUUUUCUUUUCCGUAAGAAGGGUUUUCAUCAUUUAACCUUAUUUCUUCUGAAUGCACUAAAUGGUAGUUAACCUACCACUUAAGACGAUGUCGGAAACAUGGUUCAUUGUCUUGAUCCGCGCGACUCUGACUAGUUUGAGUACAUUUUGGGGAAAAUUUAGGAGUCAGGGGAAGAGGAGUUCCAAAAACAAACUACUAGGGGGUGCAGCUGUCCAGGAAGACUCCUGAAAAGAGCAAAGAGCUUCCGACGUUUUUCUCGACAGGCGCCGAAGUUUUCCGGAAAGAGACAACCAGCUUGGAGGUGGGCCCCAAAGCCGGCUGCGAGAGUCACCGAAGAUUUCCGGAGAGAGCCGAGGAGUGGGGAAGGGCCGCUUUCCGAGAGUUGCCGAACGCUACGGAGAUAACGGAAGAGUUGGAAGGCGGGGCCGCAAGAGCCAUUCCUGCAGGGAACCCAAGGCUUCAGAGUCUAAAAGUUGAAAGGCGUAACCACUCACAGGCCGGAAGUUUCCGGGGUAGACGCAUUCGGGUAGCAGAAGAAGUCCGAGGAUUUCCGAAGCGAGCCGAGGCAUCGCGAUCGUUUUCAGGGACAGCUGAUCGGUCGGAGCUGUUUCGCGGCCCACAGUCAUGGCGGCACCCAGAGCUGCUGUGCCGGACGGUGGCGAGGAACCAGCGCCGGAGGCUGAGGCUCUGGCCGCGGCCCGGGAGCGGAGCAGCCGCUUCUUGAGCGGCCUGGAGCUGGUGAAGCAGGGCGCCGAGGCGCGCGUGUUCCGCGGCCGCUUCCAGGGCCGCGCGGCGGUGGUGAAGCACCGCUUUCCCAAGGGUUACCGGCACCCGGCGCUGGAGGCACGGCUUGGCAGGCGGCGGACGGUGCAGGAGGCCCGGGCGCUCCUCCGCUGCCGCCGCGCGGGAAUAUCUGCCCCAGUUGUCUUUUUUGUGGACUAUGCUUCCAACUGCUUAUAUAUGGAAGAGAUUGAAGGCUCGGUGACUGUUCGAGAUUAUAUUCAGUCCACUAUGGAGACUGAAAAAACUCCCCAGAGUCUCUCCAACUUAGCCAAGGCAAUUGGGCAGGUUUUGGCUCGAAUGCAUGACGAAGACCUCAUUCAUGGUGAUCUCACCACUUCCAACAUGCUCCUGAAACCCCCCCCGGAACAGCUGAACAUUGUGCUGAUAGACUUUGGGCUGAGUUUCAUUUCAGCACUUCCAGAGGAUAAGGGAGUAGACCUCUAUGUCCUGGAGAAGGCCUUCCUCAGUACCCAUCCCAACACUGAAACUGUGUUUGAAACCUUUCUGAAGAGCUACUCCACCUCCUCCAAAAAGGCCAGGCCAGUGCUAAAAAAAUUAGAUGAAGUACGCCUGAGAGGACGAAAGAGGUCCAUGGUUGGGUAGAAGAAUGUGUCUGACAACCACACACAGUGAAGCUGUUUUUUCAAAGUACAUUUGAAGAAAUGCUGCGAGUAAGAGAGUAGAUCUAAGUAAAGGUGUUAAGAUAUUUUUAAGUGGUGUGUGAUCGUGCCUGGUGUGUCAUCAUCUGCACUAGUGGAGCUUUCUAUGUAUCUAAGACACGUUCUAGGUGGAAUUGGGUAUUUAAAAGUAAAUCUGGGACAGGCUUUCUCCCAGGUUGUGACUUGUAAAUCUCAGGUACAUGGGUGGAGCAUUGAACCACAUGAGAACUUCAUUCUCUUUUUAGUCCCUGUGAGACAAGGGUGAAGUCUCAGUUGCUGAUAGUAUGUCUUUAUCAGCCCCAUAACCUAAUGUUUUUUUGUUGCACAUGAUAUAUUUAUCUUGAAACCAGUUUAAUGGGAAUACAACUAGAAUUUUUUAAAAUGAAGUAGAAUUACAGAAUAGACAAUAUCAGCGUAUUGUUUUAUGAAACUUUCUCAUGUGAGACAAGGCUAUGUACUGAGUUUUGAUGUCAAAUAUAUUUCUCUUUCAGGGUCAUAAUCAAAAAAUGAAAACUCUGUUUAACUCCGAUUUCUCUCGUAAAAAAGCAGACUUACAACUUUCAGGCAACUGAGAUUCAUGUUAACAUUGUUUUUAUUGCUCUGUAUUUUUGUGGUUACCUUCUAAGUAAGACAAGUGAUUGAUAUAAAAUUCCUUUUAAGUUUAUACAGGUAAGCAAACUGAGUUGAUUUCUAUCACAGGCAAUAAGUAGGUAGAGCCAAAAUGGUAAAGUGACUCAUGAAGACUGAAGUUUGAUGAAGUCUGGCCUAAGGCACAGGUAAACUGAGUGUGGAUUUAGAAGUACUAGGAGCUAGCUUUUAACCUUGCGCAGCCUCAAUUUCUUUCCCCAGAAGAAGCCAUGUGUGGGUGAGGAGGGAAGGGAGGUAUAAAAUACCUGUCUUCCUUGUAAACUCCAUUCAACAAACAUAUUUUUAGUGCUUUCUCUGUUCCUUGGCACCAUAUUGGGGAUGGGAUACAGUGGUGAGCCAGGCAGACACAGCGCCUAUUCUUUUGUAAGAAAAUUUAUUUUUAUAAAAACAUAAAGUAUACAGUAUGAUGUUUUCAUAUACAUUAUGAAAUGAUUACUACAGCUGAGCUACUUAACACCCAUCGCCUCACAUAGUUACUGUCUUGUUUCUUACUAUGGACAUUUACAGCUGUGCAUUUCCCUCCACACACUGCUUUCAUCACACGCUAUCGGUUUUGGUAUUUUGUGCUUUUGUUUUCAUUCAUCUCAAUGUAUUUUCUAAUUUCUCUUGUGAUUUCUUCUUUGACUCCUUGAUUCUUUAGAAAUCUGUAUUUCCACACACUUAUGAAUGUUCCAGUUUUUCUUUUGUUACUCAUUCCUAGCUUCAUUCCAUUGUGUUCAGAGAUGAUACAGUCCGUGCCUGUUCACGUGAAGCAAACAUUCUGUAAUGGUGGGACCAGUACCAUGUCUGUUUCAUUCAUCACAGUCAGCACGCCCCAAAUGCCAAACACGGAGUGGAUGGCUGGGAAUGAGGGAAAACUUCCCUUCCGGGGUAGUUGUCACUAGCAGAGAGGAAAACUAAUAUUGCCUGCUUACUGCAUGUCAGGCAUUUGGGCUAGGAAUUUUUACACUGGAUCUAAAAUAACUCUUAAGUUAGGCAUUGUCCCCAUUUUAUAGAUGGAGAAACUGAUCCCAAAAGGUGGGAACUUGUCCAAGACAUCACAGGUAGCAAGAGGCACUUUUACCUGGCUCCAAAUCUGUAUUCUUUCCACUGACAAACGAGAUAUGGGAUAUGGUGCUUCUUUAUAGCACUGUAAUAAGUAUUGGCAUAUAACAUUAUUUUUUAGGAACUCCCAGGGCCAGAGGAGCUGACAAGUUUUUCAAUUAAUAUUCCCAACAUGACUGAGAUGGCUCAUUCCUCAGUUUCCUCACAUGUACUAUAAGGCUAGUACCUGCUUUGUGCUUUUGUGCAUUAAGUCAACAAAUCCCUUAGCUGAUACGGUUUGGCUGUGUCCCCACCCAAAUCUCAUCUUGAAUUGUAGUUUCCAUAAUCCCCAGAGGGACCCUGUGGGAGGUAAUUUGAUCCUGGGGGCUGUUCUCGUGAUAGUGAGUUCUCACAGGAGCUGAUGGUUUUAUAAGGGGCUUUUCUCUUGUUCAGUACUUCUUCCUGCCGCCAUAUGAAAAAAGGGGAGUUUUUGGCUCCCCUUUGGCCAUGAUUGUAAGUUUCCUGAGCAUCCCCAGCCAUGCUGAACUGUAAUUAAAUUUCUCCUUUAUAAAUUACCCAGCCUUGGGUAUGACUUUAUUAGCAGCGUGAGAAUGGACGAAUAAGUACUAGGUGCCAGGCACUGGAGAUUGCUAUAAUAGAGGGGAACAUAAGACAGUUUCAGACAGCGGUGAGUGACGAUGUGAAGGAAAACCUGAAAACACAGGAGAUGACGGGAGCAUAUCCCAGGCAGGCUGUGGCGCAUAAAGUUGGUGAAGAAGGAACAUCCCCAACGGCAAGGCGGAUGUGGCCGGCAUCAGCGAGCAAGGAGCAGAACCUGAGAUGGGAGAGGCAGAGCCAGAUCCUGAAGGGCCCUGUAACAAGGUUGCAUUGGUUGCUGGCAGAAAACCUAGAGGGCAAGAGUGGAAGCAGGAAACCUGGAAGUGAGAAGGCAACUAAAAGCAGCUGGACCCGUGAAAACAUUAGCCAGGGUAGAAGCCAUGGUGAGCAUGCGCCAACUGGUUGGCACAGGACCAGGCAGCCAUCGAGGCAGGAAGAAUGAUGGAGGAGCAGCCUUGUCUGGGGUAACACCGGAGGUUUCUUGUCUCAUGGUCACAGAGGUCAAGGAUGUGGACCCACAAAGAGUGAGGUUAAGAACAGAAAUUUAAUAGGUGAAAGAAAGAGAAUAGCUCUCUGCUACAAGAAGGGUCCUGGAAAAAUGGGUUGCUGGAUCUGCAGUGAAAUGCAGGGGUCUUUAUAGAUGAGCUGGUGAGGAGGUGGUGUCUGAUCUACAGAGGGCAUGAAAAACUGGUUGGACCAGGUGUGCCAUUUGCAUAGCGUAUGAAUCUCGGUGCCCCCACCGCAAUCUUUUGUGCAUGCGAGUUCUCUGUCUGGGCUGUGCCAUGUCGCCCACUUCUUUAUGACUGUACACUUGGUGAAAGAAAAGGGAAGAUGGAGCCUCCGUGCUGGACAUGCCGGGCUCCCAGGCAUCCCUUUUCUGUUGGCACAGCUACCAGCAUUCCCCUGUGCAGGCGUCCAGCUUCCUUAUCUAUGUUUGCAGCUGGAUUUUUCAGGCUGCUCUUUGUUAGAAAAUGAAUGAUUUCUGGGGCUGCUUUUUGUUAGAAGGGAAAUUCUGCCGAGGAUUCUUUUGCCCUCAAUAUCCGCCUAAAUAAUUUCUUUCUGCCUCCUGUGUCAGUGGCCAGUGGUGGUGGGGGUAGCUGCAGCUGUCAGAAAACAGUCAUGAUCUUUGCAAGUAUCGAGAUUGGAGACUGGAGAAACUUCACAAAUGCCCCCAGGAGAAUUGUCCAUCUGUGCACUUAGCCCACAGUGGGAAAUAAAGGGUUAACAAACGUUCCUAUGUGAACAGUGGAUUUCUUCCCUAGUUCAAUCUUACAGAUGGCUAAGGAGCCCUCUGCACUUUCAGAUCCCUUGACGUCCACGGGGGAGCAGCAGGUGCUUUACAGAGCUGAGCCAACACAUCAGCAGUUUUGUGUGAAUCCCCACCUGAACCCAGCCAGGUGAGGAUUAUAAGCUCCAUUUUACAGUGGAGGAAACCUUCGGCAACGGGAAAUAACCUGUUCUAGGGUGUUAGUGACAGAGCUGGGAUUCAGCCCAUGCUUUUAACAGCAGCUGACUUUAUUAUAGAGUGACUACGUUCUUUGCAUGUAUUAACCCAUUUUACAGAAGAUGCAAAUGAGACACAAGAGAAAUUAAGCCUUGCCCCAGGCCACUCAGUGAAUGGCAGAGCCAGGGAAAUGUGGUAUGACACUGAGAUGCGACCAACACUUGACACAGGCCCACAUUCCUGGAACAUUUAAAAGUGCUUCUGGGCCCAGUCCAUGGGGCCAAGAGAGGUAGUUCCAGAGCAGAGCUGCUUUAAAGCUGGCGUAGUAAGUGCGCCAGACAAGCGGUGUUCUUAUUGUUGGAUGGGCUGAGCUGACCACGCCCACACCUCGUGCUACCUUAGGGGUUGGGAACACCUGCGUUAGUGAAGGCAUGCAGGGCAUAAUCUCUGAUUUAACUGAGAGAGUCAACCAUAUUCCUGGCCCUGCUUCCAAUAAAACUUUAUUUACAAAUCAGACAGCCUGUGGGCCAUAGUUUGCCAAUUUGAUAUUUAAAACCAUCCCAUUAAGAUAUUUGUCUUGAUUAUUGAGUUUUUUUGGUGCCCCCUUAAAUUCGUGCCUCACUUGCUUCACUCUAGUCCUAACCCAGCUGUCACUGACUGCCAGAACCCUGAUGGAGGAGCCCGUGUUCUUACAAGUGUCUGCACCUGCUGUGGUUUGAAUGCGUCCAAAUUUCAGGUGUUGGAAACUUAAUGCCCAAUGUAGCAGUAUGGAAAGAUGGAGCCUUUAAGAGGUGAUUGGAUCCUGAGGGCUCUGCCCUCAUGGUGGAUUAAUCCACGUGUGGAUUCAUAGAUUAAUGGGUAUUAUGAAAGCAGGACUGGCGGCUUUAUAAGAGGAAGAGGGACCUGAGCUAGCACGCCCACCAUCCUUGCUUUGUGAUGCCAUGUGCUGCCUCGGGUCUCCGUAGAAUCCCCAACUUCAAGAAGGCUGUCACCAGAUGUGCCCCCUUGACCUCGUACUCCUCCAUAACAGUAAGGAAUAAACUCCUUUUCUUUAUAAAU